GUUUCAAAACAACAAUGGCGGUGUUCUCGAAAUUCUCUCAUUGUUUACAUGUCACACCAGCCGGGGAAUGAAACAACGGUCAGUUAUCAAUUGUAGAGGUUUUAAAUUGCGUCGAAAGUCUCACAUAGCAGAUAAGAAAUCGAAAUAGACGAUGUCGAAACGUAAGAAAGAUGAAGUAGUCGAUUUAACAGAAUCAGAUGACCAAAUAAUAAAACCAGCGGCCAAAAAAUUGAAACAAGCUUCAGAAAAACCUAAAGUGCCAAAAAAACCAAAAUUAGUUUCCGAAAAAGCGAAACCAGCACCUAAAAAACGCAAAACUGAAACUAAAAUGGGUUGUUUGGAGUCAAAAGAAAGCCUAGCUGAUUCUGACGAAUUUAUAGAGCCAGUUUUAAAAGUUAAAAAAUCUACGGGUGCUAAAAAAAAUCAAAAAACUAUCAUAGACUCUGAGGGGUCAACAGAGUCAAUUUCAAGUAACAAUUUUCAUAUUGACCCAAACCACUUAGUACACGACUGGACCAGCGCAGAAUACAUCCAAGAGUUCAAUGGAGUAACUCGAGCAGUUGCCGAAGCUGUGGUGAAACUUUUGGAUAACGACAACACUAUUCCUUUCAUCGCGAGGUACCGUAAGGACCAAACGCGUGGCUUAGACGCCGAUAAGUUAAGAUUGAUCAAAGAAAGUUACGACCGCGCGAAAGCUAUCAAGCACAAAGUCGACUUGGUGAUAAAAGCUAUCGACAAAUCUGGGAAAUGGACUCCUGAACUUCACAACCAUGUAAAGUCUGUCAAAACUUUGGCUGAGUUGGAGUACAUUCACUCGCUGUACAAAACUAGCUCCAAAAGGACGCUCGCGGAACGGGCUAGAGAACUCGGGCUGGGUCCAGUUGCUGAGGCGGUCUUGAAGGGCGAUAAAAUUCCGCAUUUAAAAAGUUUUAUUCGCUCUAAUGAAGAAGGUCUUGAAAGCGAAGAUCAAAUCAAAGAUGGAGUUAUUAAUAUUCUUGCUGAUGUUAUUAGCAAAAAUAAAGAGACUUUUGAUAAGACAAAAGAAUUGCGGGAAAAUAUUUCGGCUACUAUUCAGACUAAGAAGACUAAAGAUGGUUCUGGUAAAGAGGAUAAGGGUAAAAUGGAUAGUAAAAAAGACGACGAGAAGUAUAAAAUGUAUUACGAGUGGAAAAAUAUGGAGAAGAAUAUAAAACCCCACCAGACACUUGCUAUGAAUCGAGCAGAAAAGGAAAAAGUUAUCGCGAUUCAAGUAAUAGUUCCGGAUUAUUUAGAAAGUCAAUUGAAAAAAUUUAUCUUGCAAUUGUACCAGUCGGGAGUUAACGCCUCGGUAUUUCACAAGGACCUGAUUUACAGGGCGUUCGAUACUGCGUACAAAAAGUACAUUAAGCCGUCUGUGAUACGGAGGAUCAGAAGCGAGCUGAGCGAGAAAGCUGAGGAAGCUUCUAUGGAAGUGUUUGCAGUAAAUGUUAAGCAACUGCUCCUCACACAGCCGGUUAGAGGAAAAAGUAUCCUGGGGAUCGACCCCGGGUUCAGGCACGGUUGUAAGCUUGCUGUAAUUUCGGCACAAGGCGAUUUACUCGACACAGCGACUAUUUAUCCACACUGUAAAAAUGAUAAAUUGCGACGAGGAGGCGCUGAUACGCUCGUUAAGCUCGUACGUAAAUAUGGGUGCUCUAUUUUGGCGCUGGGUAAUGCAACAGCUUGUCGAGAAACGGAAAGCUUUAUUUCGGAUAUUAUUAAUUCGAAUUUAUUGGACAAACAUAGAGUCACUUAUACGAUUGUUGAUGAAUCUGGGGCCUCAAUUUACAGUUGCAGUGAUUUAGCUAAAACUGAGUUUCCAGAUUUAGAUUGCAAUGUAAUAUCAGCUGUAUCAAUAGCAAGGCGUCUUCAAGAUCCACUUGCGGAACUGGUUAAAGUUGAACCGAAAUCGCUUGGAGUUGGAAUGUAUCAACACGAUUUACCGGAGAAACAACUGAUGGCUAAAUUAAAUGAGGUCGUAAGUGAAGCUGUCAGUUUCGUCGGCGUGGACGUCAAUACAGCGUCACAUUGUUUAUUAAAAAGAGUCGCGGGUUUAUCUGAUGCCAAAGCAACAAACAUAAUAAACUGGCGAAAGGAUAACGGGCCAUUCAUCAAUCGCGAGCAGUUACAGAAAGUAAAAGGUAUUGGAGCGAAAACUUUUGAGCAAUGCGCGGGAUUUAUACGAAUAAUGCCCGAGACCGCGUUAUCUCAAUCAGUGGAGUCUAGCUCUAUGGAGACUAAAUCUAAAGCGAAGAUUAAAUUUAAUUAUCUCGACCAAACGUGGAUUCAUCCCGAGUCAUACGGUGCCGCGAGUGCCCUUAUCAAAGCUUCCAAUUCACGUCCUGAGGAUUUAGGAUCACGUAAUUUUAUUUCUGCGAUAAAUGUCUUCGUUGCUGGUAAAGAUCGUGCUGAACUAGCCAAGCAGCUGGGCACUAAUGAAACUACACUGGAGGUUAUCGUCAAGGGACUGAGGAUGGAGAAAGGCGAGGAUAUAAGACGCCAGGGUAGUGCUCCCUUGUUCAGGAAUAGUCUCAAGACCAUCGAUGACUUGGUAGUUGGAUCUGUUUUGAAUGGAGAAGUCAGGAAUGUCACGCACUUUGGCGCUUUCGUUGACAUCGGCGUCGGAACUGAUGGUCUUAUCCAUAUCAGCGGUUUAAAAGGAGCCGUUCUUUCAAUUGGACAGCACGUAGAGGUCAAAGUUGCCAACAUCGAGAAAGAGCGAGGUCGCAUUGGGCUUCAUUUGAAUAAAUUUUCCUAGAUUUUACUAUUUUGUUGUUAUUUAAGGGGGAUAGCCACUGUGAGAAUCGAAAAAAUAGGUGAUUUUCGGGAAUUUUUUAGACUGGGAUAAUAAAGGAAUUUUGGGAUCGGGUUUUUUUUUUGUUUUAUAAAGUAUACAUUGAAGAUCAUUCCCCUAAAUUUUGAUUAGAAAAUAUCAUGUUGUUACAAAGUUAUAAGCAUUUUUGUGGAGUACCAAAAAAAUUUCCCCCACCACGGUGUGAUCUCUAACUCAAAAACGGUUUAUAUAAAACAAAAAAACGAAACAGCGUUGUAAUCUGCAUGCAUGUGGUUAUCGUUACACGUAGGGAAUUUUGAAAAUUUGGAUU